GAAGAAGGAGAGGGAAGAAAGAAGGGACGACACCGCCUAGGAUCGCCACCAUCGCUGUCACCGGGGGAGAGGGGAAGAGCUGCGUCCGGGACAGGGAGAACCAGAGGGACCGUCGCUGCCAUCAUCGUGCGUCGCCAUUGAGCACACGGACGAAAGGGAGACGCGAGCAGUGAGCGAGAGGAAGCUUCGUCCUCGUCGCCGUUCCGUCGCCACCGUUGAAGCCAGCCUCGUCGUCAUCGCCGAAAGUGCGCUGUCGAUUAGGGAAGGACGAAGAGGAAUGCGAACGACUAGAGAAAGGGGAAGAAGAAGAACGCAUGGUGGUGGGUGUUUUCCUUGCCGUCACCGUCGCAGUUGUUGAAGCUCACCGUCGCCGCCGUGAGAGACGCUCCUUGCUGGCGCUGCUACUAGGCGUUUGGAGAGAAUGGCCCUGUUCUGCCUCUGCCUCUGGGUUCUGCAAGUUGCUUGAGUCCUCUGCCGCUGGGAACCAACACUGGAGCUGCCCUAAGCUAGUGCUUUGCUCUUUACUGAAAAGGGUGUUGAUCCACAUUCCUUGUUUCAUGGAAUCGGUUGCAAAACUUUUCCAAAAGAUUCAAGAAAUGUGUGUGGUCAUGCAGAUGAAGUCGAAAGCCUUGCUGCGGCCAGAAAAGCUGCUAUAUCCGGUUCAGAUCCUUCAUAUUCUAUUCGGGUUGUAAAUGCAUUACUAACUCAGAUUGACAAGUUAAAAUCAUCUCCAAAUGUGAUAAUCCUAACCACAUCCAACAUAACUACUACUAUUGGAAAAUCAUUAUGAAGGAGAGAAAGAACUUAAUCACACAAAUUGUGAAGAUCAAAUACUAGAGAGUAAAAAUCACCAAUUUGUGAAGGUAUUUUCUGGCUGAAAUUGAGGGACCUGAGCAAAAAUCCGAUUCAGAGACUGAAAAGGACUGCAGAUGCUGUUGGAUUCUGACCUCCCUGCACUCAAAGUGGAUUUUCUGGAGCUACAGAAGCCCAAUUGGCGCGCUCUUAACGGCGUUGGAAAGUAGACAUCCUGGGCUUUCCAGAAAUGUAUAAUAGUCCAUACUUUGUCUGAGAUUUGAUGGCCCAAACCGGCGUUUAACGCCGGAACUGGCACAAAAAUUGGAGUUAAACGCCCAAACUGGCAUAAAAGCUGGCGUUUAACUCCAGAAAAAGUCUCUACACAUGAAAGCUUCAAUGCUCAGCCCAAGCACACACCAAGUGGACCCCGGAAGUGGAUUUUUACGUCAUUUACUCAUUUCUGUAUACCCUUGGUUACUAGUUCACUACAAAUAGGAUCUUUUGACAUUGUAUCUCUACCUCAUGACACUUUACACGUUUCUUAUUGUAUCUUCUACGGCAUGAGUCUCUAAACCCCAUGGUUGGGGGUGAGGAGCUCUACUGUGUCUUGAUGGAUUAAUGCAAUUACUACUGUUUUUCAUUCAA